GCGGGGGCCUCCCGCACGGGCCGGUGGCGAAGAUGGUGAUGUCCCAGGGCACCUACACCUUUCUCACCUGCUUCGCCGGCUUCUGGCUCAUCUGGGGGCUCAUCGUGCUGCUGUGCUGCUUCUGCAGCUACCUGCGGCGGCGCGUCAAGCGGCAGCAGGAGGAGCGGCUGCGGGAGCAGAGCCUGCGUGCGCUGGAGCUGGAGCCGCUGCACUACGAGGGCUAUGGGGGCAGCCCCCCCGGCAUGGCCGUCCCCCACCGCCUGCGUCUGGAGCCCCAUCACCACCACCACCACCACCACCACCCCCACAUCCCACCCCCCCGGCCCUGGAGCUGCCGGCACGAGUCAGACCUGUCGAAGCCGCCAUGCUACGAAGAGGCGCUGCUGAUGGCCGAGCCUCCCCCACCUUACAGCGAGGUGCUGAUGGACACGCGCGGGCUCUAUCGCAAGAUCAAUGCGCCCUUCCUGAGCCACGAGCGGCUGGAGAAGCAGGAGCAGCCCCCCAGCUACAAACCCCUCUUCCUGGACACCGGCUAUGGCUCUGCACUGCACCUGCCCCGCUCAGCCAGCCCUGGGCCGGCCUGCCCGGACCUCUACCUGCAGGCAGAGUGCUCCCCACGCAUGUUCCCCAGCUGGACAGACUCGGAGCUCAGCAGCAGGGACACCUUCGAGCCGGGGCCGUGGCACCUCCCGGUCUCCAUGCCCCUGUUCGGCAGGACUACGGCUGUCUGAGGGAGGGGCCACAGCCACCCAAGGGCCCCUCCGACAUGGGGAGGCUCAGCUGCCCUCCGUGGGUACCCCAUCCCCGGCACAGGCCAUCGCCGCCAGCGCGGAAGGGGCUGGUUCCCCCUCUCGCCCCCACCCAUCAUCCCCUGCUGGCACCCCCACGGCCGGGGGGGGCUCGGAGCCGGGCUCGGACUCUGCUCUGUUUCUUAUUUUGUUUGUUACAGUUUGAGAAUAAAAGUUUGUGGAUCCGG